AUGCAGUCCGGCAACAUUCUCCAGAUUCCCUUCCGACGAACGCACAGUCUGGAUCUGUCGCAGUCAAUCCGCGAGUACAUCUCGACCAAGUACGACCAACAUCCGGAUACCUUUGCGAGGGAUCUAGAGAUUAUCCAGCAACUACGAAAAGAUGCGGUGAAUGCGCUUGAACCACACAGCAGUGGUGUCAAGAAGAUACAGCAAUAUGCGGCGCAGUUGGUUUGGAUGGGUGGGAAGUUUCCCGUUGAUGUAAGAGGAGAUGCAGAGAGGUUAUGGAGGUCAGAUACUGAUGCGAGAAUAUAGAUUGGAGCAGACUUCACCUGGUAUCCGUCUUUGGGGUAUCACACCAACCACCCGCAGACGGAGAACAACAUCCGAUUCGAGCUUGCAAACGUCUUGUUCAACCUGGCUGCGAUGUACUCUCAAGUAGCGCUCUCCUCGAAUCGAUCGACUAGCGAUGGGCUCAAGACAGCGGCGAACAACUUCUGCUUUGCGGCAGGAGUCUUUCACCACAUAAAGGAGAAUGUGAUCCCCGACCUCAGGAGCAGUCCUCCCGAGGACAUGGAUGGCCCGACUCUAGAAGCUUUGGGACACUUGAUGCUUGCCCAAGCUCAGGAAUGUUUCUGGCAGAAAGCCGUCAAAGACGGGAUGAAGGAUGCAACGAUUGCAAAGCUCGCGGCAAAAGUGAGCGAUCUCUACAACGAGGCGAAUGAAUGGUCCUUGAAGACGGAUAGCAUACGAAGCGAAUGGAUACAUCAUAUGAAUGCGAAGCACCAUCAUUUUGCUGCGGCUGCCCAAUACCGUGCGGCACGCGACGCACUGGAAAAGAGGAAAUACGGAGAGGAGGUUGCAAGAUUGAGGGACAGUCUCAAUGCGGUCAACACGGCCCUGAAUGAGAGCAGACAUGUGAAUCAGAACGUCCGUCAGGAUCUCAAUGGACUGAAAAAUCGUGUAUCGGAAGACUUGAAGCGGGCAGAAAAGGACAACGACACCAUAUAUCUUCAGCCCGAGCCUUCCAAAGCUGAGCUGACUCCACUGGAUCGCGCAAGUAUGGUCGCGGCAAGAAUACCCCAGGAAGUCUCCAACUCUCAGGAAAUGCUGGGAGAUCACGGCGCAUUAGGCAAGCCUUUGUUUGCCAAACUCGUCCCGUAUAGUGUACACGUCGCCGCCUCCAUCUACGCUGACAGGAGAGAUCGACUUGUCAGCAACGUCAUCAUCGCAGAGCUGGAAUCGAUGACCCAGCGAAUACAUGAGCUUCUGUCAAGCUUGAACCUCCCAGGAUCGCUUCAAGCACUUGAGAAGCCGUUAGGAUUGCCACCCGGGCUUGCAACCCAUGCGGAGGACAUACGACAGUCCAAUGGCGUACAAAGACUGCAUGCAACCAUCUCUGAUACUGAGAAACUGAAAGCCAACAAUCGAGUGUUGUACCAGGAGGGUCUUGAUUUACUGCGGACGGAGGCGAGCGAAGACGAGGCAGCGCGGCGAAGGUAUGGUACGGAGCGGUGGAAUCGCCCAUCGUGGCAGGAUGCUGUGCCCAAGCUAGCGCAGCAGGUCACAGAUAUCGAGGGCUACCUUAAGCAGGCAGAUUCCUCUGAUAAGAUGGUGCAAAAGCAACUGCGGGAAAACGAAAGCCUCAUACGCCUGCUCGGCGGCACAGAUCGAGAUCUGGAAGACUACGUACCCUCGAGCCGACGAGCGACGAUGACGGCGAAGGUGGAACGUGAGGCCAAUGCAUUACGUGCUUCCCUCAAUGAAGUCAAUCGACUGGAGAGUCGACGGCGGAAGAAGGUGGAGGCGCUGCGCACCAAGGCGAAGGAGGACGACGUCAAUCCUGACCUUCUCAAAGAGGCAGCCAGACUCGAGCGCGAGUUUCCGAUGCAGGCUGUGCAGGCAUCGCAGUUUGAGAACCUGUUCGACGAGCGGUUGAAGAAGUACGACGUGGAUCAGCAAGAUCUCAAAAAGGAAGAGAAGGAACAGCAGCAGCUUCUUGACAGAGUGAAAGAGACCAACAUAUCUUUUCAAAGCGCCAAGCGUGGUGACGCUUCUUCGAAGGAGCGCGAGACAGCUUUGCAGAACUUGGAGAAUGCGUACAAUUCCUACAAGGAAAUCAUGCGGAAUCUGGAGACUGGACGGAAGUUCUACAAUGACCUGUCUGCGAUCACGACCCGCUUCCGAGACGAAUGUAGGAAUUUCGUUUAUGCCCGUCGGUCCGAAGCACAGGCUCUGGAGUCUGAUGUGGCCACUGCUUUGGCUGGUUUGCAGCUCCAGCAGAACAACCAGCAGAAUCUGUUGACCCAGAAGGCGAAGCAGCAGACGCAGCAUGUCCCUCCGCCCGCUCGUAUGGUGGAGGAACCCAUCCCGGCUCCCAUGCCCCAGCGUCCUCAACAGCAGCCGCCAUCUGUUGCGGCUGUGCAGAGCCCUGCGAUGACCGUGAAUCAGACUUGGCAGGAAGGCAUGCCCAUCAAGUUUGGAGGGCCGCCUCCUGCCGGUGGACAGCAAGCGAGAGGUGCAGCGAAUGGGACUUGGGAUCCUGCGAAAGGUGUGAAGUUCGGAUAG